UAUUUUGUUGUUGCAUUUGCACUGUAGUAGUAACGCAGAAAAACUUUAAACAAAGUAUUACUAGGACAAGUACUUAAGACUGUUUCCUUGAAAGUGCUAGGGCUGUUACCACUUAAACACUGGACAGUAUAGAGCAAUAGCAGCAGUACUGUCAUACAGUAGUUAAUACAUUUAUUUGAUUUAAUAGAUACAUAAUAUAUGUUUAUCACCUCUUUUUUAUAUUAAACUAGUUUUAAUGUUCAGCAACAAAGGUAGCCUAAUAUUAAUUUACAACAAUGUUUAAAAGACUGCAUUUACAGACCCCUGUUACUUGUAUAGAGGUUGUAAAGGAUAAUCUUAUAGCUGGUUUUGGAGGAAUUCUACAUGUAUAUAGACUGCCAGAUAAUGUUCUAUUGCAAAAAAAAGAAAUAUUUCAAGACCAGAACAUAUUUGGCAUAAAACCAAACUCAGAUGGUUCCAGUAUACUCGUUUAUGGUGGUAAACAUAUAGGUCUAGUUUCCUUUAAGGAUAGUUGGGAGAAGAAAAACAAUGAAGAUUUCAUCUUAUCUGACUGGAUUUUAGAUGCAAAAUGGAUAGAUAAUGAUACUAAAUUGGCUACUGUAUUUAUGAACAACAAAAUUUCUGUAUGGACAGACAAUUUUAAACCACAAUCAUCUGUAAAAUGUGCAGAAAGAUGUAUUUCAUAUAGUGCAUUUAUAUGUCGUAAUACUUAUGAUCAACUAAUAGUACUUUCGGGAACAGUAUUUUGCGAAAUAUUACUCUGGAAGCCUUCUAUUACUGAUGAGGAUGGAUUAUCUAUUGUCCUUAAAAGAUUGGUACACCACAAGGGAGCAAUUUUUUCCAUCCACGCCAACUUUGAUACAAGCCUUAUAUGUUCAGCAUCUGAUGACCGAUCUGCAGUUCUUUGGGAAAUAAAAAACCCUGAUAGUUUUUGUUCAAUAAAACCUACAAAUUCUGAUAUGAUUUCUGUUAACGUUAAGUGCCAAGUAUAUGGUCAUCUUUCUAGGGUUUUUCGAUGUCUUAUAUUAAAUGAUAUGUUUAUAACAGCCGGUGAAGAUUCGCAAGUUAUUUUAUGGAAUUUUCAGGGAGGUAAAAUUAAAGAUUUCGAGUUUCAUCAGGGUGGGCCAGUUUGGUCUAUUUGCUGCAAAAGUGAUUGUGAAACAAUUUUUAGUGGCGGAGAUGACGGUGCUCUGUUAGUAUUUAAGACAAAACCAUAUAUUCUAAGGGACACCCUUAGUUUGCCAAAUCUAGAAAAGCCGAAAAUCAUAGGAAUCUUAAAUAAUUCGCAAAUUGUUUGUUUCACGGUUGAAGGAGUACUUUAUUUGCUAAACAAAUAUAAAGAGCCGCGUAAGAUUUGUGAUUAUUCCGAUUUAAAAAGAUACUGUAUAAUGCAAAUAUCUCCAUGUAAAAAAAUGGUUGCUCUAGCGGGUUUUGACGGGCAAAUUUAUAUUUAUGGAUUAACUAAUGGAAUGCUAAUACAUCUAUACACACAUAUUUUGAAAAACAAAUCAAGAAUCUUUUCAUUUAACUGGCUAGAUUGCAAACGGUUUUUAGUGUCACAAGCGGAAAAUGCAUUAAAAUUAUUUUUUAUUUACCGAAGUGCAAUACAUUUUAUACAAACCUUUAAUUUGCCAGGAAAAAAGGAACCAUGGCCUACAUGCGCAUGUGGUUUUAAAGAUAAUAUUGUAAUAGGAAAUCGCAAGGGACAUAUUUAUCACUUUAGGAUUGGACUAAAAGACCCCGUAAGUUCACGAAUAAAUGCACAUUCCUUUUUAGGUGUCACGCACCUGUUUGUUGAAGAUAAUAUUAUUGUAUCUUUGGGAAAAGAUGGUUUAAUCAGAAAAUAUACAAUAUAUAAUAACUUAAUGUGUUCAAAUAGUACGAAAACAAAAUAUUCUUGGUUAGUGGGUCUUAAAGAAAACGUUUUAUUAUCAUUUUCAGGAGAUAACUACCUCGUUUCAGACAUAAAAUACCAAAGAAGUCUACUAAAAAUAAAAUGUGGUGGUGGCCACCGGUCAUGGGACUAUCUCAAGCAUAAAGAGAAUAUCUCUCUAAUUUACAUUAAAAGAGGCGCUAUAGAAAGCAUUAAGGUGAAUAUUAACGAUAUUAAACCCGGACACUUGGUUGAUGGUUACCACGUGAGAGAAAUCAAUUGCAUUAAAGUCAUUGAUAUCGAAGAUAAGCAUUUAAUAAUCUCAGGAGGAGAAGAUACUCUUUUAAGACUUAGUGUUAUAGAUGAUAAUGGAUUAUCAGUAUUGCAGUGCUUAAAAGUUCAUCUCUCUAGUAUACGCACUAUCGCAAUUUAUCCUUUAGGCAAAAAUGAAAUAACAAAUGAAAACUGCAGCGAGUAUUUUGUGUUUACAGGAGGUGGCCGGGCACAAAUAAUAUAUUGGCAUCUCAAAGUCACGUAUCACUUAGGAAAGCUAAGUGCUCUCUGCACAGAAAAAUAUAAUUUUUAUGAACCACUUGAUGAAAAUAAUGGUGAGACACGAAUUAUGGUUUUAGAUGUAGCAAAUGUACAAGACAAAAUUCUCCUAUUUGCUGGUUGUUCAGAUGGAUAUACUAAGAUAUUUAUAGUAAACUGUAAUAUGACUCUUAAUUUUCAAAAUAGCAUUUCUCGCCGGUUUGGUUCCAUUACAAAAUUGACAUGUUUUGCUUGGUUUUCCAAACAUUUUCUAGCCACCAUGGGCACUGACGGAAUUCUGCAAUUUUGGUUGUUGGAAGAAAAGCUUGGCGUUGUAGAUGCUAAAUUAUUCGGUUCAUUUUGCCUUCAUCAGUCUGGCAUUAAUUGUUAUAGCUAUUUAGUUAAAGAUACCUUCUUAUUGUUCUUAACAGGAGGUGAUGAUAAUCUUCUACGAUUAACGUAUUUCGGGUUAACUAAUGAUAAUAUAGUAAAAAUUAACUCUUUUGAAGAUGUAAGCAUACAUUGUGCACAAAUUACUGGAGCAUAUUUGUCUGAUAAGUAUUUUAUUUCCAGUGGUAUUGACCAAAGAGUAGCUAUUUGUAGCUGGAGUUCUGAGGAAAAACAAAUCCAUUUUAAGAUGGUUGAUCGGUAUAAUAGUGUUAUAGCGGAUCCACAAGGUUUAGAAGUUACCACCGGUAACUUGUCAGAUAUACCUAAUAAUACCUUAAACUUGUAUUUAUAUGGAAAUGGUUUGGAAUGUUUGAGAAUUGCAUUAGAAUAAAUAUUUAGACGAGAUGAUAAUAUCGUAUAAUUAGAUUAAAGCUGUUACUAAAAAAAUAUUGGACUAUAAAUAUGAUCAUAUGUGAUAUAAGAAGUUGCCUAAUUAUUUUAGUGUACUUUAAAAAAUGUUUAGAUUUUAUAUUUUUAAUAUAAAUCUUUUAAAAAGUU